CCGAAGAAAAAAAAACAAGUGUCGGUGGUGCAUCAAGAGAAGAGUAAGCAUCUUGAGCAAGAGAGAGUAGUUGUACGUGCCACCUGUGUGCGUGUGUCUGUGUGUGUGUGUGUGCGUUUCCGAUUUUCGCGCGCGCAUUUUCUUCACCGCGUGGUAUGUUUUGAUUUUCCCAAGCAGCGGAAAAGCGAAGUAAAGGAGAAAAGGGGGAAAAAAUAUAAACGUGCUCGGAAGCGGUUUCCUUUUCGUUUCCGCUUUGUUUUAAGCACGAACCCAACACGAGGCGUGCGGUGUUUUCCCGUGUGUUUGUGUGCAGAUUGAUACGAGAGAAGAAAAGCGAGGAGAAAACCCGACCUACAACACAUCGUCCUUCCUUCGCUGAGAGUCGGCCGUUCGUCCUGUCGUUGUUGCUAGUGGCAACAGGCGGGAAAUCAAAGCCGAAGGACUUUUCCGUGGAACACGAGAGUAAAAGACAGACAUAUCGAAAAUCGUAGAGCGAAAGAGAGGGCGGAAAAGCAAAUAAACAGUAAACUUUGCAACAAGUUGCUCCACCGGAAUCAGAAAAGCACCAAGUCCUCAGCCUAACGAUCCUGAUUUACAUGGAGAACUCUUAACCCGGCCAGCUGGAACCAUUGAAAAACUCAGGAUCCGGGAGGAAAAUUGAGGAAGAUCAUUAGAAUUACAAGGAUCGAGCAUUUGCCGCCAUAAUUCGCGAUCAAACGACUCACAGUACGGCUGCUUCCGGUGCUCCAGCAAUCAGCACCACCGGAACAGCUACCAGCUCGGAUUCGACAAGCUCCAACUCGAAGGCAGCAGCCGCCGCAGCAGCCUUUGCAGCCGCCGCCAUGAAGCUCCUACCGAUCCCACUCUCCCCACUGAACGCCCCACCGCCCCUUGGGCUGUGGAACUCGGAACUCCUUUGGCGUUACCCGCCGGCACCGCCGAGUCCGCUGGCCGACCUUAAGACGCAGCUCCCGCCACAGCUCAACACCGACCCGCGCAUCUGGGGUCGCGAUGAGGUGGUCGUGUUCUUGCGCUUCUGCGAGCGUGAGUUCGAUCUGCCCAAGUUCGACCUGGACCUGUUCCAGAUGAACGGCAAGGCGUUGUGUGUGCUCACGAAGAACGAUCUGGCCGAGCGCAGCCCCGGUGCCGGUGAUGUCCUGCACAACGUUCUGCAGAUGUUGAUCCGGGACGCACAGACACUGCACCGCCACCUGCCGAGCAGUCCGGUCACGCCCACCGGUCGCUAUCCCCUGUCACCCCACAGUCACCCGCCGACGCCGAACUGGAGCGCGCUGGCUCCGCCGGACAGUCCGUUCUUCCACAGUUCACACCUGCAGCAGUUCAUGGCCGCGUCCAACUCGGUCACGCUCAGCCCGGCCCCUUCCAUCGACUCGCAGGCCGGCAGUCCGCCCUCGCAGAGCCACGGCGAGCAGAACGUGUUCCAGCAAAGUGCCGCCAAGUCGUCCUCGUCAUCGUCAUCCUCGGCUUCUUCGUCGUCGACGAACGGUGGUAUUGCGGGCGGCAGCACCAACGGAACCGGCGCCAACGGAUCGGCCACCAACAAUGGUAACAGCAGCAGUAGCAUCAUCAGCAGCAGCAGCAGCACGAGCAGCAGCGUCAGCAACCAGUCCGAUUCGGAUGAGGACAAUGGCGGUGCGAACGCGAAUGCCAACGGUGGAAGCAGUUCCGCCGGCAAUGGCAGCGGUAGCAGCUCCCACGGAUUCCACCCGCUUCCACUGACCCACCCGGACAGCAAGCUGCCACUGAUCGCCACCCAUCCCCCGCAGCAAAGUCCCCCGCUGACACCGAUCUCGAAGGAAACGCAACACCUUGGCCAGCUACAGCUGCUUGACACCAAGACGCUCCAAUACCCUGUCUCUUCGCUCCUGAACGGCGGUAGCUCCGGAUCACGCGAGAACUGUCAGUCGGAGCGUGGCUCAUCGAGUGCAGCCUCCAACGCAACGGCCGCCGCCGUUGCAGCAGCCGUACUCAGCCUGAAGGGCGCGGCCGCUCUCAACUCUCCGCCGGCCAACGGUGCCGGAUCGCCACCCGGGUCCGCCUCGGCCCCCAAUACGCCCGGCGCCUUCCUGCCCGUAAAGCGCGAGUUCUUCCCCGACAGUCCCGAACCCAACACAAUUUCGUCCUCCGGUUCGCUUUCAGACGGCCGCCUGCUGUGGGACUUCUUGCAGCAGCUGCUGAACGAUCCGAGCCAGCGGUACAGCAGCUACAUUGCGUGGAAGUGCCGCGACACGGGCGUCUUCAAGAUCGUUGAUCCGGCCGGCCUGGCCAAGCUGUGGGGCAAGCAGAAGAACCACUUGUCGAUGAACUACGACAAGAUGUCACGGGCCCUGCGGUACUACUACCGCGUCAACAUUCUCCGGAAGGUGCAAGGUGAACGCCAUUGCUACCAGUUCCUACGCAACCCGACGGAGCUGAAGAGCAUCAAGAACAUUUCGUUACUGCGCCAAACGAUGGCCGCCAGUCAAGCGGCCGCAGCAGCUGCCGCCGCCCAAUCGAACGGCCAUUCCGGUAGCAAUGGUAGCGGGGCGGGCAAUGGAAAUGGUGCGGGCGGUAGCAACGGUGCGGUGAAUCCGCUCAUGUCCCUCCUACCGAAUGGUGCCAACAUUCACCAUCUGGCUGCCGCUGCCGCUGCCGCCGCCGCCUCCCAGAACGGCCCACUCUCCCCGUCAUCGUCCACGUCGUCCGCGUCGCCAUCGUCCCUGCACCAUCACCACCAUCACCUGCAGCAGCAGCAGCAGCAGCAGCAUCAUCUCGCAGUACAAAACGGAAACGGAUCGUCCGCCGGUCCGCACCAUCGCAACAUUAAGAUGGAAACCGAUCUGGACGAUCUGAAGCCGACCGAUCUCAGUACGAACGAUCGAAAGUUUACCUACGGCUCGCCGGUCAACGGCACCGAUUGCUACCCAUUGAUUAGAAACGCGAAUGGAUUGACGACGAUUCAGCUACUCCGGCAGCAGCAACAGCAGCAGCAGCAGCAACAGUCGGAAGCUGGCUCACCGCCGUCCUCUCCGACCCCGCUAUCGAUCAACUCCCAGUCCCUGCACACGAUCAGCAACAACCUACACCAUCUGCACCAGCAGCAGCUGCAGGUGCAGGCGCAGGCUGCAGCCGCCGCAGCCAUCGCAGCCGCUGCCGAAGCUCGCCAGCAGCAGCACGACCAGGACCAGCAGGAUCACCAUCCGCAUCACCUUCACCCACACCACCAUCACCACCAUCACAGUGGGCGAAAUGGUAGCCGGAGCAGCAGCACGAGCGGAACCAGCGAGCACGGCGAGCAUCACGAUCGCGACCGGGAUACGCCCUCGCCCGCCAACAGCGACUCAUCGCAUCCCUCAGCUUUGCAGCAACAGCAGCAGCAGCAGCAGCAGCAGCAACAUCACGAGAUGCAUAUCAAAAGCGACGACGACAGCAUGAUGCCGACGGAUCUGAGCAAAUCUGAGCCCAUGUACUACAAGUAACUCGAACCAGAGAGUCCCCUACACUCGGCACGGCCACAAUUGUGAAGCAUAUGAUCUCAAAGGAUGAUCGGCGAACUCGACCCCGAUCCAUGCGGCAGAUCUGUGCCAUCGUGUUUCUUUUGCUUGGCGUGGCGCUACCUUUACCACCGUUUUUUUUCCAAGUGUUGUAGGUGUUAGCUGUGACCGCACCUAGUUUGUGGCUCUUCUCUCGUGCGGCACGUACUGAAACCCAUCUCCAAAACACCUCACUCCCCCAAAUAAAAUGACAGUACUAUUAGCUUAGUUAGCUAUCGAGAUUAUACUAUUCAUUACGGACAGCGAUCAGGUCUGUUGGAAAAAAGUGUACAUGAUUGAGGAAGAGUGGUAGUUUAAAUUAAAGAGUAAUAUUACUUGCGAGAAAGAGCAAAAGAAAUAAUGGAGAAAACAAAAAAAAACACAAACAAACUACUAUGUGCCAAUCUGAUUCGUUCUACAUUUUUAUCACUUUCAGAGUUUAAGAAACUAAAGCGCGAGAAUUAUGCGUUGAUAUCGAGCCAGCGGUGGGAGGAAAGGAAGAUGGACGCAGUUGAGGAAAAGAAGAGCCCUAAAGAUGGAGCAAAGAACACACAAACAAGAGAUACAAAGGAUAUUUGAGAUACGCAAACAAAAAAAACUGCAGCGGUGAGGAGAAUACGGAAAAAUCGGCCCAACUCCCACAAAGUCCGCAUGGCAGCGUUAGGAAUAAUUUCUGUGUACUAUAUGUGUAUGUUUGAUUGAUUGAUGCACCCGGUUUUAUUUUGUAUUUUUCAACUCGAUCACACCGAUUUGUACAGAUAGUUUAUUUUCGUUUAUUUUUUACCUUGUUAGUAGCAACUUGUUAGAUCUAGGCUUCGAUGCCCUCUAAUGUCUAAGGUUAGAGCACCCACCCCAUACUUUUGCGUGCUAUACGAGGGAGAAAGGAUGUAGUUUUCCUUCCUUUAGUGUUUCUUCCUUAUGCUAUAAGUAAGUUUAAAGCGAUUUGCGAACCACUCAAUGAAUCCGAUAAAAUACUAGAUAUAGCAAACGUGAAGGAUUAUCACCUGGACCUGAUAUUUGACAAAGGGAGUUUCUUCCUGGAAGUGGGAAAAUUGUACAUCAACGCAUACCCCGUAACUGAUAAGUGACCGCUGCGAAAUGUGACGCUAAAAGAGAAAGGAAAAAGUUGCUGAUAUGAAAGGAGGUUGUGGAAGGAAGGAAAACCCCACGUGGUGGUACUCAUCUUAAAGCGACGUAAGGCUUUUCGUUUAUUUUUUUUUCUUUCUUAGCAAAAGAGAUAAAGAGAUAGUAGGAUUUGUUUUUCUUCUAUUGUUUGACCUUCCCUAGCUUGUGUUUUUUAGUAUUAAGUAUUCGUAGCUUUAGUGUACCUUUAAAAGAAACCUCUCCAAUUGGCUUCCAUUAGGCAGGAAAAACACGAGUAAAACCUGUUUGAAUUACAACUAAGCAGUUAAGUCACAGCACACUUUAAAUCGAUUGUGAUUGGGAUUAGUACCAAGUGCACGGAACAAGCGAAUAGGGAGCACACGGAUCAGUAGCGCGUGAAUUGAAUGUGUGAUUGGUGUAGGACGGAAGGGUGUUUGUUUUUCUGCAAUAGAGAUCUACCGAUAUUAACCAAUAACUCGACGGAAACGACUAAGCACUUAUCGUGCUAAGGAGAACACGUGGACAUGAAAGAUCAUAGACAAUAGAAGAGAGAAAGGACAAUCCAGCAAAUGCAGAUGAGCAGCAGCGAAACCAAGAGACGAACAGGGAACCACUGGGGAACAAAGACUUUGACCGGCGGAGACGGAUUAUUAUUAUUUUUUACAGGGUUCUCGGAAAAACUUGUACACUUCCUACCGCGACUAUUGACCCGUUAUUGGCAUCGCUUACUAGUUAGUAGCUAAAUUUGAUGGCCUCGACCUUUGUGGCCAACGCAAACGAAAUCUUCCUUAUUAUGUUUUGUCUUUAGUUUUUGUAUUGUAUAUUUCCCCACUAGGUUAUGGAUCACAGUUUUCUUUUUUGUAAAUAUAAGUAAACAAAUAUUAGUUAAAUGGC